GUUUUUCAAAAUUAUCUUUCAACGUCAUGACUCACAAUUCAGGUAUUUUUAAGCUCAUUUAAUCAAGUGUAGAGGUGUUUUUAGUAAUAAACAUAGCUCAGGAAUGUAAGUAAUAAUUCGUGUUAAGUUCGAGGACAUUUUCAUCACUUUUCAAUUAUAAUUGACAUAAUACAUAUGCUAUUUAAUUUGGAUUCAGAUGUCAUGUAGGCCCUCCAACUUUUGGUGUGCAGAAAUAUACACUUAAACUUGUAUAAGAUUGAACAAGUAGACACACCAUCCUACUUGACAUAAUGCACAUAGGAUGACACACUGGACACACAAUUUUCAUGUAGGAACAUCACGCAAGAUGAAUGUGUGAUGUGUCUAAUUGUUCAAUCUUAUAAUACCAAUUUAAGUGUCUACUUGGCACACCCAUAGCUAGAGGACAUAGAUGCAAGAUGAAGCCAAGUUGAAGGACACGUUUAUGUAGUAUGGGUAUAUAAUUCACAUGAUAAUUGUACACGUUUUAGAGCCCAAUCACUGAGAACCACCAAAUUGUACUAUCAAAAGAUAAGUUAGUUAUAAAGAAUCAACACAGUUUCAAUUCUUCUCAAUCUUGCAGACACUUAUAACUAAUCUCAUAUAGAAGAAAAAUGGAAUCUAUAGGAGUACUAAUGGCAUGUCCAAUGUCAUCAUACUUAGAACAACAACUCGAUAAUCGAUUCAACCUCAUACGUUACUGGAACUUCUCCGACAAGAAACAAUUCAUCAACAACUACGCGCAUUCAAUACGUGCUGUUGUGGGCAACGCUGCUGCUGGUGCUGAUGCAGAGCUUAUCGAGGCGUUGCCUCAGCUAGAAAUUGUGACUAGUUUCAGUGUUGGUUUAGAUAAGAUUGAUUUGAACAAGUGUAAAGAGAAGGGUAUUAGAGUGACUAAUACACCUGAUGUGUUAACUGAGGAUGUUGCUGAUCUUGCUAUUGGAUUAAUGUUGGCUGUGCUUAGGAGGAUUUGCGAGUCUGAUCGAUAUGUUAAGAAGGGAUUGUGGAAGGCCGGUGAUUUCGAGUUGACUUCUAAGUUUAGUGGCAAAAGAGUUGGUAUCAUAGGAUUAGGGAGGAUUGGCUUAGCAAUUGCAAAGAGAGCAGAGGCUUUUGAUUGUCCAAUCAGUUACUAUGCGCGAUCAGAAAAGGCAAAUACAAAUUACAACUACUAUCCAACUGUAGUAGAACUGGCUACCAACUGUGAGAUCCUGGUUGUGGCGUGUGCCCUAACUCCUGAGACUCGUUACAUUGUCAACCGCGAAGUGAUUUAUGCAUUAGGUCCAAAAGGGAUUCUUAUCAACAUUGGAAGGGGACCUCAUGUUGAUGAAAAAGAGAUGGUAUCUGCUCUUCUUGAUGGUCGAUUAGGGGGCGCUGGCCUUGAUGUGUUUGAGAAUGAACCUGAAGUACCUGAUAAGCUGUUUGGCCUUGAAAAUGUGGUCUUGUUGCCUCAUGUAGCUAGUGGUACAGAGGAGACACGCGAGUCGAUGGCUGACAUUGUCAUUGGUAACUUAGAAGCUCACUUUCAGAACAAACCACUGUUAACUCCAGUAGUUUAGUAAUGUAACUAAGAUUUUGGUUGUCAUGGUUGUCUGGAGGGCUACAUGUUGAUGUAAAUUUUGGUUCCUUUGUUAAGACUCUUGCUAAUCCCUGCGUUGUUAAUCUCUGCAUUACUAAUCCAUGCAUUACUAAUCCCUGUGUUAUCAAUGUUUGUAUCAAACAACCCCU